AUGUUGAAUGUCCUUGAGGUUGUUCGACAUGUAUUUUGGGACGAUGCUUUGUAUGACAGAAAUUUAUUACCACCCGAAGCUGCAUUAGAAAAAUGUCAAACAACAUUAGCAGAUUUAGCAACUAUGACUGGUGCCGAACGCAUCGCUGUAUUUGAGGAGUGUUGUAUUCAUGACGUCCUUCAUCCUGUAUUUCUUAGAGCACUACAACGACUAACGGCAAUUUACGGUUCUGGAGCUAUAGAUGAAAAUUGUAUAGUUCAUCGCCAUUUAAGUGCACAACAAUGGAGUCCUUUUGUUUCUACUGUACCUCUUCUUGGUUAUUCCUUUGUUAAUAGCGCUGCGUUUAAAAAUGAAGAAACAGAUGUUCAGAUUCCCCGUCCUAAGGGAGCGAUAAGUUUUAAUAGUGGGGAUAAGAAAUCCAAAAUAAAAUACAAUGGAUUAUUAAAUCAAGGAGCUACAUGCUAUUUGAAUUCACUUCUACAAUCAUUAUUUCAUAUUUCGGAGUUUCGUUUAACAAUAUAUCAAAUGCCAACUUUAGAAGAGGCUCAAGAAAAAAAUGAUGUCAAUAUCAAAAGAACAAAAUCCAUUCCAUAUGCUCUUCAAAGAUUAUUUUGUCUUCUUCAACGAGGAAAUGAAGCAGUCGAUACUACGGAACUUACCGAAUCUUUUGGAUGGAGUUCUACAGAUAGUUUUGUACAACAUGACGUCCAUGAGAUGACUUGUGAAUUACUGGAUAAUCUAGAAAAUAAGCUUAAUAACGUUCAGACUCCUGAAAGAAGUAUUGAAACAACAAAGGUAAAGAAUAAUGCUAUUAGUAAACUAUUUGUAGGAGUCUUGGAAUCUUUUGUGCGUGUAGAUGAAGUAGAUUAUUACGGAUCGAGAGAAGAGUUAUUUUACGAUCUACAACUUGUUGUAAAGAAUACAAGAAAUAUUUACAUGAGUUUAGAUAAAUUUUUUCAAGUUGAAGUUCUUGAUGGGAAAAACAAAUAUUGUCUAGAAUCUGAUGGGAAAAAAUCGUAUCAUCGGGCUGAAAAAGGUGUAAGAUUAAAACUUACUCCACCUAUAAUGUUGUUACAUUUAACACGUUUUGACUACGAUUUAGAAAGAGGUGAAAGUAAAGUUUUGAGUCGUUGGGAUUAUUAUAAUGAAUUGGAUUUAUCAACAUAUAUGCCUCAUGCUUCUAAAAGUGAUACACAUUAUACUCUCUGUAGUGUGUUAGUUCAUUCAGGAUCAAAUACUGGAUUUGGACACUAUUUUUGUUUUUUACGAUGUUCAAAUGUGUGGUACAGAUUUAAUGAUGAAAUAGUUUCACCAGCUUCUCUUCGAGAUGUUUUUGGGGCAAAUUUUGGUGGAGUAAAAGUAAAUUAUUGGGGUUCUGAAGUGCCAAAUACGACAAACGCUUACAUGUUAAUUUACAUUCGAACUUCUGAAAUGAAUCAUUUACUAAGACAUGUGGGACCAGAAGAUGUUCCAUUGCAUGUAGUUCAACAAUUAGAACGUGAACAUGAAGAAUAUGUACGACUUCUAAAAGAGCGAGCUGAAGACCAUUUGUAUGGAAAGAUUUAUCUUAUACAACCUCAGGAUAUUGUAGAAGAUCAUGAAUUUCUUUCUUCUUCUCGUUCACGAGGUAAACAAUUUCCAUCAACUAGAACAUUUAGAGUUUUAUUGAGUGAAGAAGCUCUUCCACAAAUUCAAUCAUUUGUAGAAAAAAAUCUUGGUAUUCCAACUUCUGAACAAACACUUUGGUAUACUUCAAAAAGAGAUAAAAAUAAUUCUCUUCAUUUACAUAAACAAAUUACUAGUAAAUUAACUGUAUCAGAUAUUUUAUCUGGAGAAAAAGAAUGCUGUGUCCUUGUUAUUAGUUCCACUAAUGCACAUCAUGUUGAAGUUGAUGGAGAUGGAGAGUUAGAGUAUGAUAUAUAUCAUCAUAAACUAUACAUUCCACUACAAUUAAAAGUGGUUUUUUUGGGAUGCACAGUCAUAAAACGAAAGAGACAUACUACAUCAGAAGAAGUAUUACAAUUAAUAAAACCUUUUAUUAGGAAUUCUAUUUUAGAAGUUCCUGAUGAAAAUUCUCAUACACGUAAUCAUCAUUUAACAAGAAUGGGUUCAAAAUGUAUAGAUGAUUCUGAUUUACUAGUAUUCAAUUCUCUUGAAUCAACCAUGGGAGGAAGUAUUCUCUCUUGUAAAGAAUCUGGGGAAAUGCCUGAAAAGGAAAUAUCUGUAUUAUGUGAGUGUGAACAUAAUACAUUUUCUAAAUGUCCAGAAUAUUUGCGAUCUGGAGACGUUUUGGUAUGGCAAGAGGAAAUAUCUUUAGAAAAUAAAUGUAAUGUUUUUUAUCCUGACGUUAUAAGCUUUCAACACUUUCUUCGUCACCGAAUUCCUGUGGAAAUUAAACUAAAUUUAGCGCCUACUUAUCCAACACUUAUCAAUACACAACUUGCAGAGGAUAUGACUUAUGAACAACUUCAACGUUACGUUGCUCAACUUAUUGGUGAUCCAAAAAAUUAUGAUCGUAUUCGUUUUACUAUGUACAACCCAGAGACGAAAUUACCAUACUUCAUGAAAGGAACGAAGAAAGUCCGUCCAACACUUUUAAAAUUGCUAUCACCUUCUCAACAUUGUGUUUCCCUUUCACAAUAUCUUUAUUACGAAUAUUGUAAAUAUACAGUUACAGAAAUUGAGGCGGCACAUUCACUACAGUUUAAACUAUUUAGCGAGCAUGUAAAACCCAUGAGUGAACAUUGGAUACUUAUGCCUCGUGCAUUUCCUAUUACUACCAAAGAACUCUUUAGUACAUGUGUGAAUGAAAUUCAAAAUGCAAAACCUUCGCAUAUCAUUUCAUUCCCAACAACUCCUAUUGUUGUAAAAAAUUCGAGUGAAAAAGACUGUAAUCAAGUUAAUCCAUUUGAAUCGGAUGCUUUGUUUUAUAGUAAUCUUGUUCCUCCUGAUGCGUGGCAAGUACUCCGACUCGUUGAUGUUUGGAGUGGGAGAAUUUACAAUGUAUUUGACAAAGACAACCCAUGCACUUUUGAACGUUCUACUUUUGAAGAGAGUGCAGAAUAUCGUAUUGAACAAAUUCCACGACCUAUAGAAGGUGUUCCAUUGGAAUCCCAAUCACUAAUUCAAGUACAUCAUUUUACGAUGGUUCGUCAACGAACAAAUCCUAUUGAAACCCAUGGUCAUCCCUUCAGUAUUUAUAUUGGUUAUCAUGAACUUCCACCUUCUCUUCUGCAACGGAUUGCUUCUAAACUUGGACUUAGUGAAGCAGCGGUGGUAGAUUGGAAAAUGACCUUGGUAAAAGAAAAAUGCGUAGUGGAGAUUGUACCCACUAUACCUAUGGGAAAACAAUUAUUUGAGUUUUGCGAUAGACAAUGUUAUCAACCUAAUCAAGAAAAUCCUCUUAAAAUGGCGUUUUUGGGACUUGAGCACGCUCCAUUGUCAAAGCGUUCAGUAAAAAAAGAGGAUAAGGUGGUAAUCCUCAAUUAG